GGAGGAGGGGAAGCAGCUAGGGAGGAGACAGUCCUGUAAGGGUGAGGGGAGUGUCACUGUGGCCUGGGGAGAGGCUGUCUGCUGAUGGCAGUGUGUUAGAACUGUGGUGUAUGCUCCUCACUGGGAGGGGAUGGACCAGUUGAGGUACUGAGGCAUGCACUGGGGGUGUUUGGGUGUCUGUGCUCAAGCUCUGUGAUUCAACUAUGAGCCGAGUGGUAAAGCACGUGUCUGUAAGUGUGUGAGCAAGCAAGUAUGCCUGUAUUGGAAGUCAAGUGUGUUUGUCCUGCAAAGUGUGAGCAGAAGUAAACGUGCCUGCGUGUGGAAGUGGAGGAAUGCAAAGGUACCCUAAGAGCCCAUGAAGAUGGAGAAGCUAGAAUCAUGGCAAAGCUUGGCCCAGGACCCAGCGAGUCCAGCCCCCUGUCUCCGCGUCCCGGCCCAUGGCUUCCCGCGGUUGAGCCGGCGCCGCCAGGGACCCCUCCCGCGGGCCUCCCCGGGACGUGCAGAUCCCGGAGCCUCCCGCCCACCCUCCGCGGAGCCUCCCUCCCCUCCUCGCCCGAGCCGGGCGGGACCAUGGCUGCGAAGCUGCGAGCGCAUCAGGUGGACGUGGACCCGGACUUCGCGCCGCAGAGCCGGCCGCGCUCGUGUACCUGGCCCCUGCCGCAGCCCGACUUGGCCGGCGAUGAGGACGGAGCGCUGGGCUCAGGGGUGGCCGAGGGCGUCGAGGACUGUGGGCCGGAGCGCCGGGCGACGGCCCCGGCGAUGGCCCCAGCGCCGCCGUUGGGCGCGGAGGUCGGACCGCUGCGGAAAGCCAAGAGCUCCAGGCGGAACGCGUGGGGCAACCUGUCCUACGCCGACCUCAUCACCAAAGCCAUCGAGAGCGCCCCGGACAAGCGGCUCACGCUCUCGCAGAUCUACGACUGGAUGGUCCGUUACGUGCCCUACUUCAAGGAUAAAGGCGACAGCAACAGCUCGGCCGGCUGGAAGAACUCCAUCCGGCACAACCUGUCGCUGCACACCCGUUUCAUCCGCGUGCAGAACGAGGGCACAGGCAAGAGCUCAUGGUGGAUGCUGAACCCCGAGGGCGGGAAGACCGGCAAGACCCCACGGCGCAGGGCCGUGUCCAUGGACAACGGAGCCAAGUUCCUGCGCAUCAAGGGCAAGGCGAGCAAGAAGAAGCAGCUGCAGGCACCCGAGCGAAGCCCCGAUGACAGCCCCCCGGGCGCCCCAGCCCCGGGGCCUGUGCCUGCCGCAGCCAAGUGGGCCACGAGCCCGGCCUCGCACGCCAGCGAUGACUACGAGGCGUGGGCCGACUUCCGCGGCGGCAGGAGACCCCUGCUUGGAGAGGCAGCUGAACUGGAGGACGACGAAGCUCUGGAGGCCCUUGCGCCAUCGUCACCACUCAUGUACCCCAGUCCCGCGAGCGCGCUGUCGCCCGCGCUAGGUACGCGCUGCCCGGGGGAACUGCCCCGCCUGGCCGAGCUGGGAGGCCCACUGGGCCUGCACGGAGGCGGCGGUGGCGCGGGGCUGCCGGAGUCCCUGCUGGAGGGCGCGCAGGACGCGUACGGGCCGCGGCCCCGCGCCGGGACGCCCGCCUUCUUCGGCGGCUGCAAGGGCGGUACCUACGGCGGGAGUGGGGGCUUUGGGCCGCCUGCGCUGGGCGACUGCCCCGCCUGGCCGAGCUGGGAGGCCCACUGGGCCUGCACGGAGGCGGCGGUGGCCGGCAGCUUGGAGUGUGACGUCGAGUCCAUCAUCCUCAACGACUUCAUGGACAGCGACGAAAUGGACUUCAACUUCGACUCGGCCCUGCCUCCACCGCCGCCCGGCCUGGCCGGGGCCCCGCCCCCCAACCAGAGCUGGGUGCCGGGCUGAAGGCCGCUCCGGAGCCCCGGGUGUCCGCCCCGCCCCCAAAGGGGCUUCUGUCUUCCCAUCCUGAUCCCCGGGUCCCCACCCCUGAUUCCAGAUCCAUGGGAGGAUCCAGGAGGCAGCCCCAGCCCUGCUGGAGACAUCUCCCAGAAGUUGGCCGCUGAGGGAAGUGGUAGGGAGGGGCUGGGGCACCCUGCCAUUCCUGCCCAGACUCCUGAGAGCCUCUCCCCCUACUCCCGGGGCAGGAAGCCUGGGGGCAGAGGCUGACCCCGGGCUGGGUGGGAGUGGGGAGGAGCGAGUUGGGCUGCGCUGCUCAGAGAAGCCUACCGGAGAUGGGGCGGGGCGUCUCUGAAUCUUAGUUUCCUUUGCCGGGGGUGGGGGGCCCUCACGUUGGUGAAUCGCCCAUUCCAAACUCCGAUCUGAUUCCCAAUUGACACUUUCUACUGGUCUUAGCUCCACCCACAAAAAUCCAGCAGCCCUCUCCCAGAAACACACUGACACCUACUUAUUGGCUGUAUACCCGGAAUUGUCCUCCUUCAGUCCUAACCCUCCUUUCGACCUUCCUUCCCCAUGGUUCAGCCCUUCCCUCCCAAUCUUGCCAACCCUUGCUUCUCCCCUUCUCUGUUGGAGUCGAUCGCCUUUUCCAAUCCUCACCACCACCCCCAGUACUGGUCUCAGCCUGUCUAGCGGGCCUCAGCUCCGGAUCCACACCCUAACCCGACACCCCUUUAUCCGUGCCAGUCCUGGCUCUUCUCUCCCAUAUUUAUAAGUGUCUGGUCGGGGCGGGCUGUGGGCGCGGCGUCCCUGGCGCAUAUCGUAGGCUGUGUACCGUGGCCGUGCCGUCAGCGUGUGCGUGUGCGUGUGUGCCGUGUCGAGGCCGUGUAGAGUGCAUUGUACAGCAUAUUUUCAUGAAUAAAAUUGUUUUAAAUAUU